CAGCGGAUCACUGAUCAAUGGAAAGAGCUGAAGAUGUCGGCUCAAAAAUGUGAUCAGCUGUGUCCAAUCACAGCUGAUCGCUGAACAUCAGAGCACUGAUGAUCAGUGUGCCCUGAUGAUCUGUGUAGCCCCAGCAUUGCCACCUGUUAGUGUCCAUCAGUGCCAGAUCUCAGUGCAAAUCCAUGCCACCUGCCAGUGCCCAUCAGUGCCACAUCAAUGCCACAUUUCAGUGCCUACCAUUGCACAUCAAUGCCACAUAUCAGUGCCCAUCUGAGCUGCCUUUCAGAGUCACCCAUCAGUGCCAGUCAGUGCCACCUAUCAGUGCUGCCAAUCAGUGCCACCUAUCAGUGCCAGUCAGUGCCACCUAUCAGUGCCAGUCAGUG